AUGUUACGCCGACCAGAUCGCCUACUUCUGCAGGAUUCAGAAGUCAUCCCUGCAGACCAUGUCACCGCCCAACACCAUUUGCUCGUCAUGGACUUGAAAAUCUCCCGUCCAAGGAAGAGACAUCUAAGAACUGAAACACAGCGCUUCAAAUGGUGGAAUCUGAGGGAUAGGAAGGAGCGUCAUAUGCUUGGCUGCGGAGAACACUCUGCGAAAUACGACUCUAGGCGGCAAUUUGUGAAAAGAAUUCCAAAUAUAAGCUCUGGUGGAGGACACGUCAGCCUGAAAAUCAAGUCAGAGCGCGUCAUCGCUCAACGUUGGAUAUGGAGCACACCAAGAUCGUUAAGGGAGCUGAUGGAGCCGUUCUGCGUCGCUCUGGUCAGAUCGUGGAGAGGUGACGAGAGUACUACAAUCACUUGUGUAACAAAGAGUUCUGCCAUCCUCCCAACUGUUCCCAGCGUCGAGGGCCCUGUUCUACGAAUUACUGCCGUCGAAGUCAGUGCUGACCUCGCAAAAAUGAAGUCGAACAAGCCAACCGGUCCUGAUGACAUACCCACUGAUGUCUGGAAGCUGCUAGGAGAUCGAGGGUCCAUGUGGCUCACAACUCUAUUUAACAAGAUCGUUGCAGAAGGACGGACUCCAGACGUUUGGCAAACUUCUGUGACCAUGCCUAUCUGGAAAGGGAAAAGAGAAAUUGCUGACUGCACUUCGUACAGGCCUAUACGACUGCUGUGCUAUACGAUGAUGGUUUUUGAGCGUGUCCUGGAAGCUCGUCUGAGGAAGAUUGUCAGCGUUUCACUCAACCAGUGCGGCUUUGCGACAUUGAUCAAGAAGAUCGAGCACGUGUUAAUGCGGCAUGGACGAAAAUGGAAAAUGGCAGCAGUAGACAAGAAAGUCCCUGUUCGACUGAAAUCGAAGAUCUAUAGGAUGGUUGUGCGUCUUGUUGCCCUUAACGGAUGCGAGUGUCGGCCGACGACGAAAGCCUUGGGAAGGGUGUUGCACGAUAUGGAGAUGCGGAUGUUGAGGGGAACGAUAGGUGUAACGCUAAAAGACCAAGUAUUCAACGACACUAUACGCUCCAUUUUCGACGUUGUCCCGAUAACUGAGAAGAUGAAGGAGGCGCGACUGAGAUGGCUCGAGGCCGCGUGGAUGACCAAGGAUUCGCUGGUUGGACCGUGUGAAGCUGGAUAUAAUAGAUGCGCACUUGUGUACGGCUGA